AUGGAUACUAAAAGUGAUUACCGGGUAGUUCUGCUUCUGCUGCUGUUGGUGCCGAUGAUGAUGAUAAGGCGUUGGGUAUAUUUUCUCUUUUGCUUAAUAAUACGUAAUAUCCGGCGGCGGACCAAAAUGGCGUCCACUAAGAAAAAACAAGAUGAAAAACAUCUUAAAUCUCUCAGAGAAAUGGUGGCGCUGCCACAUAAUAAACAAUGUUUUGACUGUCAUCAGAGAGGACCGACAUAUGUAAACAUGACAAUUGGCUCUUACGUCUGUACAGCCUGCAGCGGACUAUUGCGAGGUUUGAAUCCGCCACACAGAGUGAAGUCUAUAUCAAUGGCCAGUUUUACUCCAGAAGAGAUGGAAUUUCUACAAAUGCAUGGAAAUGAGUACUGCCGGAAGGUGUGGCUUGGUCUCUACGACAACAGGCUUGGCAAUCAAGCAGAAUCAAGGGACGAGACGAAGGUGAAAGAGUUCAUGGCCCAGAAGUACGAGAGGAAGAGAUACUACGUGGCGCCUACAGACAGCAUGAAGGAAGAGGCUCGCAGAAUGAAUGAGGCCGGAGCAGUGGUUAAACCUCCCCCUGGUACCCGGCCUCUCAAGUCACUGCUGGGAGAAAAUGCACCCAAACUACAGGUUGGCGCACAGGAUGGACAGAUUGUCACUCCAUCAGGUUCCACUGACAAUCUACCAGAUUUGAAUAAUCCAGCCAAUCAAAUGACUGGUGAGGCUCUCUUUGGAGACGCAUUGACCAAUGAGAAUGCACCAACUGAAAUGUCCAAUGGGACGACAGGAGAGAUGCUGUUUGGCUCUCCUGUGAAGGAGAAUAGUUUUCCCACUCAGUCAAGUUAUCAGGACUUGUUCGGGUCAGGAUUACCAGUGCAGGCUGAGACAUCAGGCGCAGGAGAAAACCUUUUUGCAGUGGGGCAAUUCUCACAAGCCCAACAAUUGGGUGCAGCAGCAGUUAACGCGUUUGGAGCUGGAGUUACUUCACAAGUUACAACAUCGGGUGCAGUGGAAAGCCUGAUUGGGUUCGGGCCUUCACAACAAACCCAGACAUUGGGCAUAGAUUCUGAGGCGUUUGGGGUUGGACUAUCAUCACAAGGUCCAACAUUUGGCGCCGCUGAAAACCUGUUUGGGGUUGGGUCAUCCCAACAAGGCAAUACUUUGGGCUCUGAAGCAGACUUGUUUGGGUCUGAAAUUACUUCACAAAGUCUUACAUUGGAUUCCGCUGAAAACCUGUUUGGUUCUGGGCUGUCACUACAAAACCACACAUUCGGCACUGCAGCAGACAUGUUUAGCCUGCAGGGAUCAAUCCCUCAAGAGGUGAAGCCCCCAGUGAGCAAGCCUGCCAUGACCUCUGUGCCAUCAUUUGGGUCCACGCCCCAGAGCCCUGGCACUGCCAGUCUGCAGUCCACCCAUUCUACGGGCUCCAAUGCCCUCGACCUCCUGGGAGACCUGGGGGGCGACCCCUUCGGCAGCACCACAGCAAGUGCAGCACAUAGCCACAACACUGGAGGCUUUGCAGACUUUGGCAGUUUUGGAGGAAGUGUAAGCUCGCAGCCUGCAACAUUUCAUCAGAGCACACCCUUGCAGCCACUAGGGUCAGCUCCCCAAAGCUCUCAGGCAGUGUUUAACGGGUUUCCUCCGCCGCCAUCGUCUGCACCACACGCCCCAGGGGCAGGGGGAGACAAAUACUCGAACCUUUCUGAUCUAUUCAGUGUGUCUGAGACUCCAGAGGAAAGCAGCAUUAAGACAGGUUGGAGUUCCACACUCAGCACCAGUGGUGGUGGGGGCAUCAGUUGGAACAGCUCUUCUAGCAACUCAACUGGUGGCAUCAACUGGGGUGGUGAAAGUAACAACACUUCUAGUAGCGGGGGCAUUAACUGGAAUAGCCAACCAGCAGCAAGCUCAACUAGUUCUGGUGGAUGGGGAGGUGGCUCCACAUCCACUUCAAGUUCAUCAUGGGGUGGUGCACCUGUCAGCACUCAAUCAAACGGACUUGGUGCACCAGGAAACCCGUUUUUAUCGGCCAAUGUGGCCAAUCCAUUCGGAGGUGGCAUGACGACCACAUCUACCAGUCACGGGCAGACACAGCAAGCAAACCCAUUCGGGGGUCAGGGACUUGGGACAGGCUUUGGUGGGUUUGGAGCUCCCCAAACGCAGCAGGCAGGCGGAUUUGGCCAUGGGCAGUUUGGGGCUGCCCCAGGGUCAACAGGUGCAGGGUUUGGACAGUUUGGUGGCGUGCAGCCUGCCAACGCUAUGCCUGCAGCAGGCUUUGGACAGUUCCCCACACAAAAUGGUGGGUUCGGAAUGAAUACCUCGACUAGUGGUUACCCUGGAGGUCAAGGUCAGAUGUCAACUGCAGGGCAAGCGAGCUUCAGUUCACAAGGCUUUGGUCAGGCAGCCCAGGGCUUUAGUGGAGCUCAGCAAGGACAACAUGGGUUUGGGUCGCAAGGGUUUGGAGCACCACAAGUGAGCCAGCAGGGGUUUGGCAUGCCGCAGCAAGGGUAUGGGGGUCAGAUGCAGCAAGGAUUUGGUGGAGCAGGGUGGGGUGGGGUCGCGUCUGCACCGCAAGCCAACCCCUUCAUGUCUACAGCCCAGCAAUACUCUGCACCAAAGACAGGCGCCACCAAUCCAUUCUUAUGAUAUUAGAAACUCUUGAGACAGUUUUGAAAUUUCUUUUCUGAAUCAUUCAUUCAGACUGAACUCAUAGCCAAAUCUUAAUCCUGUUGAAAAUACUAAAACUUUAUAUGAUGCAGAUUUUGAUGGAUCAAGUGAUGUCCAGUAAGCGUUAUUGGUAAGAAUGUUAAUAGUCAAAACUGGUGUACCAAAUAAAAGUUAUGCUUUCAGAAUGUUUUACAAUACAAAAACAGUGGUGUACAAGAGUUUGUUCAAGUGAGGGCUGCUAAAAACAUUGGCAUAACACGGAGCCACGUAUGGCAUAGCCAUGAUCCUGUAUUAUCCCAGUGGAUCAAGAACCCAAAGGACAGAACUUGAAAGUAUUACUAACUGUUACGUUCUUUGCCUGAACACCAUAUUUGAGAAUCGUUUAUGUUAGGCAAAUUUCUAGUUGCAGGCCAAAGUCAUUGUACAUUAAGGAUUACAAAGUAAAUGGACUUUCAACAAACAAGUGAUUACAAAGUAAAUGGACUGUCAACAAACAAGUGCCGCAAGAUUUGCUAUUUAUGAGCAAUGGGUAAAUUUAUCAGUUAAUUUAAUUAAUAAAAAGAUGUAAUGAGCAAUUAUUUAUUAUUUUUAUUAAUAUUUAGCAUAAAUUUUGCUUGUUUUACUGUCAUUUAUGACGUUGUUUGAUGCAUAGCUAGUUCUAAUAAAUUCCAUUUGUUGCUUAUUUUUAAAGCAUAGUAGGGCCAUGAGUUGUUCUAAUGGAAUGCAUAUGUUUUGUUUUGUAUGCCCUCAUAUUUGGAUAAGAUUUGCGUUUAAAUAAGUAACAAUGUAUAUAUAUAUACAUGUACAUGUAUUUACUAGUAUGGUAUACUCGCUACAUCCAUGUAGGCUGAUGUAUUUAUUCAAUAUGAUAUUAUUGGUUUCAUAUCGAUAUGUAUAGCUUACCAACAAAUAUUAUAAAAAUGAAAAGCAAUUUUUACAAAAAAAAAUCUUUUGAGACACACAAUAUUUUUAUGCCCCGACGGAGGGCAUAUAGUGAUCGGACCGUCUGUCCAUCCAUCUGUCUGUCUUUCCGUCACACUUUGCAUUAAGGUUUCGCAUUUAGGUUUCGAAAAAUGCUCAUAACUUCUAUGUCGCUUCAGAUAGCAACUUGAUUUUUGGCAUGCAUGUGUAUCUCAUGGAGCUGCACAUUUUGAGUGAUGAAAGGUCAAGGUCAUCCUUCAAGGUCAAAGGUCAAAUAUAUGGCUUCAAAGCAGCGCAGAAGGGGGCAUUGUGUUUCUGAUGAACACAUCUCUUGUUGUUUGUGUUUUCUGAACAAUUCUGGAAAAACUGUAAAAGUAUAUUUAUACCCCAGCAAACCAAGUUUGUUGAGGUGUUUGAAUCACCCUGUGGAUCAGGAUGUUGGUCCUUGGUUGGGUUGGUCUAUCCAGCUGCACAAAUGUUGUUUGUGUCCCUAACUAGUUAAAAGAAAAUCUGCCUGUCAACAUAAUAGCUUAUAGAUGUCUUUUUUAUGCCCCGGUCCGUCUGAAAACUUUAACAUUGGCCAUAACUUUUGCAAUAUUGAAGAUAGCAGCUUGAUAUUUGGCAUGCAUGUGUAUCUCAUGAAGCUGCACAUUUUGAGUGGUGAAAGGUCAAAAUCAAGGUCAUCCUUCAAGGUCAAAAGUCAAAAAAUACAAUCCAAGGGAAGUAAAAUAGCUUUUAAAAGGAGAUAAUUUCUAAACCUGCAAAAUCAUACAUUGAAAUUUUAUUUCAAAGCGGCGCAAUAGGGGCAUUGUGUUUCUGACAAACACAUCUCUUGUUAUAUUAUGUGGAAGUGCAAGAUGUAAUUUUUGUGAAUUGUGAAAUAUUCUUUGCAGAGAUAUCUGCCCUCGCACUUAUGCAAAUUUUGGAUGCUUAGACAAUUUUACAUGUGAACUAAGUUUUGUAAUCUAAUCUUUCAGUUUUCUGCGUAUCAACAAGAAUUUUUGAAGGCACAUUUUUUUUUAGGUAUAAGACAAUAUUAACUCAUAUUUUGCAAUAUUCUAUGCCCAGUUAAUUGCUGGAACUUAAGCAAAUUUUGGAAACUUACCUACUUAGUACAUUUAUACUUUUUGUCAGGACUUCCUUUUCUGCAUAUCAACAUAAUAUGUUUUAGGUAUGAUCUUUAUUCUAUGAAGAAGAGCAAGGCAUUAAUUUAUUUAUUUCACACUUUUUGUUCCAGAGUUAUGUGCCCUUGAACAAAGGACAAUUCUGAAUACUUACAUCAUCAUACAUUCAUACUCACAGUUUUCUGUGAAUGCAAUGGAAACUUUUAAGGAGAGCUAUUUAUACUAAGUUAAUGUGCAAGACAUUAUUAUGCCUCCCUUGAAAGAAGAGGGGGUAUAUUGUUUUGCUGGAUGUUGGUUGGUCUGUCGGUCGGGCGGUCUGUCUGUCUGUUGGUAGACCAGUUCGUUUUCCAAUCAAUAACUUGUCAACGAAUUGAUCGAGUGGCUUGAUACUUUACAUGUGCAUUGGCCUUGGACAGUAGAUGACCCCUAUUGAAAUUGGGGUCACUAGGUCAAAGGUCACUGUCACAAUAUGUGAGAAAAUCGUUUCUGAUCAAUAACUCGUCAACCGAUUCACCGAUCGGCUUGAUACUGCCCAUGUUCAUUGGCCUUGACACUUGAUGACCCCUAUUGAAAUAGGGGUUACUAGGUCAAGGUCAAGGUCACUGUGACAAUAAGUGUGAACAAUUUUUCCCAUCAAUAACUUGUCAACCAAUCGACUGAUUGGUAUGAUACUUCACAUAUACAUUGGCCUUGACAGUAUAUGACCCCUAUUGAAAUUGGGGUCACUAGUUCUAGGCCCUGUAUGGGGGGCAUAUGUCUUCGACUGCGGAACUCUUGUUUUUGUGUAUGUUACAUUAUUUGUUGCAGACUUAUGGGCCCCUGAACUAAGGAUAUUGAUUCAAUAAUCAAAGUAAAAAAAAUUCUUUUGUGUGUGAAACAUUUGAAAAAAGAAUGCCAAAAUUGGCUCCACUAGUGUAUAAGAUAAGAUGUAUUUCGUCUCAAUCUGAAUUGCAUAUCAUUAUAUCACUGUUUUAGUGGAAGCAAUAUUUUUGUAAACUUUAUUUUACACAUUCUUCUGAACAUGUCAUGGAAUUGAAAAAAAUGAGUACCUAAGUGUUCAAUUUAAGUGCUUUGUUUAGUUGGUUUAUUGAAAUAAAUUUGCUAGUUUACAGCCCGGGCUUAAUGGAGGGUUAUUGUCAGGGGACAAAAAUACCACUCGUCCGCUCGUAUUGACGAGUAAAAUCUCGAAAGGACGAGUGAAUUUCCCUAAAGCUCUUGUCCUACAGGACGAGUGAAAAAAGCUGAUGUUAAAAUAUGUAUUUUGUGACGAGUAAGACUUGUUUUCAUUAAAUAAAAUCAUUUUCUUAAAUCAUAUCUAUUCCGAAAGUAGAUCGCGAAUGAACCGGAAAUUGUAAUUGUAAAUUUCAUACAGCAGGUGCACGUUGUUAUGCGAGACUGUGUCCCCAGUAAAUAUUGGCUUUUUGGUGUAAACUUUGCGCGUCCAUGGUGACAGGGAACUAACCUAUGCAUUCACUGUAAGUAUUGAUUUUUAAAGAAUUAUUUAAACGCGAAGUAGAAUCUACGGUUUCAAACCAGUCUGAAUUUCGUCAGAAAAAUGUCUGACAUACGAGCGUUCUUUAAAGUUGGCGGUAGCGAUGUUCAAACGUCCGAAACGGAAAGCACGCGAGUAUUAGAAAAACGGCAAACACAAAAUUGUCUUCAAUUAUUUAUUGUGUGUUCCUCAUAAAUAAAGUAAUUUAUUUCACUGCUUAACAUUUAUUUUGUGAUCAGCUGGCAUGAACAACUGAGUAAGCAGCAAUUUAGCAGUGAUACAAGAAACUUUAUUAGUCAUAUCAGCCCUUUGCAAUCUUCAUUUCACCCAUAUUUUAAGGACAAGUGCAUGUGUUUGCAGGACGAGUGAAAAUUUUAAUGCACUUGUCCUGCAGGACGAGCGCAGUUUAGAAAUAUUUUUGUCCCCUGGUUAUUGUCAAUGUUGGUUGUCUGAGUAAUUGCUGUUUUACAUUUUCAAGCAAACCAUCAUUGGUAUUGUAGAAAACUUCAAACUACUAAAUCAUUUCUGUUAAUUUCAGUGUAAAAACAAGUCAACAUAAUGAACUACAGCUUGCUACGUUUCUGAUAUAACUGUUAACACCAUGAUAAUAGGCAUUUGAUUGGUUGAUUCACCAGAUUGGUAACAGUUUAUCUGUUAUUCUCAGACUUAUGAUGUCUGAGUGCUUUUCCUUCUGUUCAGUGCAUUAACCCUUUGCAUGCUGGGUAAUUUGUCUUCUGCUAAAAUGUCGUCUGCUGAAUUUCUAAAAUUAGCAUUUUCUUCGAUUUUUUUCAAAGAAUACUAUCCGAAUAGCAAACAGUUUGGAUCCUGAUGAGACGCCACGUUCUGUGGCGUCUCAUCUGGAUCCAAACUGUUUGCAAAUGCCUUCAAGUUUUGGUUCCCGCACUGAAAGGGUUAACUUACAACGUGUUCUGCACUUAAACAACAGGACAUUGUGAAAUAUGUAUCCUAUAAUGGUGUUUGAGUAAUGGUUGACCAGAAGAUACUCAUCUGUGGCGGAAAAAUAAUAGCUAAUUGUUUCAUUUUUGGAAUAACUUGGAUCUUUUCCCUAGACAGACUAGAUUGUAUAGAUAAAGCGGUCUAUGGUAGUCUACUCUUUUAUCAAUAUAAUUUUAUGUAUUUUUAUUUAACUGUUGUACUGAAAGUGUAUCAUUAUAUUUUACUCAUGCAGGGGUGACAGUAAUUUAAGAUCAUACAAAUAAUUAUGCUGUUUGGACAGAAUAACAAAUGUAACAUAACAAUCAAACUUUUAAUUUGACUUUAUUUGCUACAUUACACUUUAUUUGAAGAACUUUGGUCAUACUCAUUGUUAAGAUAGUAUCGCAUUUUUCAUGUAUGUUUAAUGAAUUGAUUUACUAGUUUAUCAAUGUGAAUAUUUUGUCAGUUAUCGAGCUAUGAGAUAUGUUGUUCAUAUAUGGUAGACAUUUGUUCUUGCUUUUACAUAUAAAUGAUUAAAACUUAUGUUGCUUAAAAUGUUUUUGGCAGGCUUCCAAAUAUGUCAAUGUAUAUAUAUGUUGUUUAUUUAUUUUAUUAUGGACCCUUUCAAAGAAGUCAAUGUGUAUUGCUUUGCAACAGUCAGUUGGUCGGUGUGAAGUGAGCAUGAAUGAUCAGGCUGCACAACAUCAAAAUAACUGUUAGACAUAUCACCAUGCAAAUUGGUAUAAUGGUUACUUUGAUUGAAGAAAAGGAUGGCUACGAUUUAUUUUAAGGCUGAAAGUCAAGGUCAUGGAGGCUCGUAGCAAAAUGUGCUGUUCCAAGAUUGCUAAAAUAGCCUUUGACAUAUGCACGUCUAAAUUUGAAUGUUAGUUACUUGAGAGGAAAGGAGCACGCCUAUAUAGAUCAACAAGUCAUAGGUCUAUCUGGCAGGAGCUUUGAAUAGAACAUUUUAUGUAAUUGUAUGUUCGUUGCUUGUGACAUGUGUUCAACACUAUAUUUUCAUAAUACUUAACUUAAAAUAAUAUUAAGUACCGUAAAUCUGCGAAUAAAAUACGCACUUUUUUACUUGCCAAUUUUUUCUUCAAGUAUGGGGUGCGUAUUAUAUACGAGUUUAGAUCAGAACACAAUUUUUCCUGUGAAGAUUUUCAACUUAUAAAUCGUUGUUAUUCGCUGCGUGGCAUCCAUUUUGAACCAUUACAUCACAGGGGGCAACAGGGCUCGCGCUAUUAUUUGCCAUUUGAGCCAUUUGCGAAAAUAUUUGAGAAUUUGGCUCAAUGAAAAUCUUAUUUGCAAAAAUGCGAAUAUCUAGUAAAAUUUCGUUGAAAACAUCCGCCAUUUAUAUCGGACUGGUUUUCUAUAUUUGUUUCUUUGUUUCAAUGAAAGAGUUCGCAAUUUGAACUAUAAGUAUUAUCAGUAAAUUUUAAAAGAAAGAUAUUACCUUGAUUUUGAGACAAAGAAUUUAUAGAACCAGGUCUAAGAGGCAUUUUGUGGAAAAAAACAAUACUUGACAGCUUGACUGCAUGAAAGGGUCAUACAUGUUUUCCAAACAUCUUUUGUAUGUGUGUUCAUAUGUGCUGAUUUAAACAAUUUGAGCUUAAGAACAAAAUAAGCGUUAAGUCAAUUGAUUGUAUUAGAAAUUAACAACUGGGUAAUUUUGUUAAUUGGAUAUUAAUACGAAAAUUGUAUGCAACUUUUUCCUCUUUUUAGAUUGCAAAUACAUGCACACACUUAGGUAAGUGGCAAUCAAUUUUAAGUGCUAUUUGUUAGUAAGGUUACUGAGACUUACUUAAUUACAUCUUUGAAACCUUUAUAUGAUUCCACAGUUACUUAUGUUUUUAGUUCAAUUGCAAUGAAUGUUAUCUGAUGACAUAUUUAUUAGCAAAUUGAAUUGAAAUACUUUUUUGUUUCAUAUGUUUGUUCACAAUUUAAAAUAUAUAAAGACACAUUUUAGAUAGAAACUGAGUGUGGCCAAAGCACAGAAUUACUGCAAUUGUUAUUGCAGUGGUAUUGUUUCAUUUCAUGGCCAUUCUUCGGUUUAAAAACAAUGCAACUAAAUUUGUAAUGUUUGGUUUAUGAGAUGUUUUGAGAUUUUAUGCAGUAUGUGUUGUGGGAAGUUGAGCUUUCGUUUUUGCUUGCAGUUUGCUUCAAGACUUAGUUGUGCAAAUUUUUCAUAAUGCUCAAAUUUGCCAGUAUUUGUUUAUAAGCGGUCACCAAAAAAAUGAUGUUUAAGCUAGAAAAAAUAAACUGAAAUAAUACAGCAUUUAAGGAUUUAUAUUUUACUUUUACUUUGUUUAUGUAGUGUUUUGGCUUUACAAAUAAACAAUAACGGAUGUAGAAGUUGAUAAAGCUGAAUUCAAUUGAAAUAAUUUAAUUGUACCUUUCCAGAUCGUUUGGUGUAAUCUGACACUAUUUGCUAUGUCAUUUGUGAUAUGUCAAUUGUAUCCUUUAAGUUUAAAUAAAUUGUAAAACAAA